AUGACCGACGGGAGGAAGACGAAACGACGGAAAGGGGAGAAGGGGGGAAGGCCACCCCUGUUGAAACACUCCAAACUGAGGAGGAAACUUUUUUACAUAAAAAUGUAUUUCGAGAGGAAGCGUCAUGAGGCUCGUUCUGCUCAUCGCCGACGUGAUGAUGAAGGUAACUCUCCUGGUGGAUGUGCUGCCCCUCCAGUGACGUUCGAAGAAUUGGGAGUGGAAGAUUGGCUUAUCAAAAUAAGUAAAACGGUUCAAAUUAGUCACCCAACGAAGAUACAGCAGUUGUGUUUGCCACUCAUAAUGAAGGGACACAAUGUGAUUGGGACGUCCGAGACGGGGACAGGAAAGACGAUAUGCUACUGUUGGGGUAUUCUGCAAGAGUUGAAUAAAAACUCUUUUGGGGUCUUCGCUUUAGUGCUUCUCCCCACGAGGGAAUUAGUAGUCCAAGUGGUGGAACAAUUCCUUCUCUACGGAUACAGGAUAGGAAUAAAAAUCCUCUCAUGCAUUGGUGGGUCUUCCCUGAUUGAGCAGCGAAGGGGGGUGUUAGCCAAGCCACACGUGGUUGUGGGCACCCCCGGGCGAACCAGUGACAUAAUGGAAAACUGCGAGGACGUGACGAACUGCUUCAAGAGGCUAACCUUUUUCGUUCUGGACGAAGCGGACUUACUCCUGCAGAAGUGCUACGAGGAGAAACUUGCCAUAAUUCUUCGUAACUUACCCAAGCGGCAGGAUGGAGGAAUCGAACCAGUCACCGGAUCAGGAAGCGGGUCACUGUGUGGCGGGACACUGUGUAGCCGGAUUGGCAGACGGAGGACCCUCCUCUUCAGCUCCACAAUCACGGAUUCGCUAGAACUACUAGCCAACUCCUUCCCUAAUGAAGACCUAAUUCUCGUAAAUGUGAACAAAAAGCAAAAGCCGCUGAAAAACCUGGACCAGAGGUACAUCUACGUGGAUGAAAUCGCGCAGAUGACCUACUUGGUGUAUCUAUUACGGAAGGAGUUACCUGACCAGUCAGGCAUUAUUUUUACAGACAACAGUUAUAGAUGCGAAUUAGUAUACACGGUGUUGUGCAUGCUGGGGGGGUUCUCCGUAGAAUCUAUACACUCAUCAAAGGAUCCUAAAAAAAGGUUAGCUGCCUUGUCUAAAAUAAAAAACGGAGGUUGUAAAAUUUUAGUAGCUACAGACAUAAUCAGUAGAGGUAUAGACAUCCCAAAAACUUCCUUCGUCAUCAACUUUGACUUCCCCAAUGAGGCCGUUCUGUAUGUUCACCGAGUUGGAAGAACUGCCAGAGCGAACAGGAAGGGUGUGGCCAUUUCCUUUGUGGACAAACGUGACGUUAACUCGUUUAAUCACGUUAAGGAAAUAAUGAAGGGGGCGUUGAAGCCGUGGCGCUUGAAGAAGAAGGAGGUGCUCCAGGAUAUGUUCCAAGUGGGCCGUGUGCUGAAGAAGGCGGAACUGCUCCUGGAGGAGAGGGAGGACGCCCGUCGUGAGCACCGACGCAUGCAGAGGUUCGUCCACCGGGCGGCGUGA